GAUCAUACUUCUCUGUUAGUUGCUAUAUAACCUCAAUGGCUUUCUGUGCUUGCUGAAAAUUCCAUAGCUUACAAUUUUUAUAUGAAUAACAUCUUAUUCUAUUACUAUGACCUGUGAAUGAACAAAAGACAAUAAAAUUCGCAAGGUCUCAUACUCAUAGACAUAGGGUCUAUGUCCCCCUGCAGGGUACUGCCGGAACAUACCCUGAGACCUUCGACAAAUAUUCUAGGAUGCCAUGCAGUGGGAGAAUGAGUUCACGAAUCUCGCUCCCAGGAAGAUAACCAACCAGAAUAUUAUCUUCCGCUUGAGGAGACGCGAGACCGAUGUAGCUCGAGCAGGAACAGAAUUUCUCGUUGCACGGUCUUUUCACCAGAAUGUCUUUCCCAACUUCACAGUUGUUAAUGUUGAGAAACCACCUUGUUUUUUGCGAAAGUUCAGCCCAACUGGGAGAUACUUCAUUGCUUUUUCAUCUGACCAAACCUCCUUGGAGAUAUAUGAGUACCAGGGAGCAGCGGUUGCAGAACACAUGCUGUUAGGUGUGGAUGGUGAAUGUACAGCCGAAGGCACUGAUCAGCGAUCCAUAGACAUACGCAGCAACAUCUUUGAAAGGUUCUUUAGGCUCGCGCACACGACGCCCGUGGCGACGCACACGGGCGAGCAUCUCAACCGCGAGUGCUCGCUGUUCACGGACGACGGCUGCCACGUGAUCGUUGGCUGCGCGAUGUACGUACCCGACGACCCCUACCCGCACUUCUACGACAUGUACCAGAACAACGAGUCAGUGUCGCCGAGCCAGCGCUCGCCGCUCGAGGACUACGCGCUACACCUGAUAGAGCUUUCUUCCGGAACCCUGUGUGACAGCCGGCGCUUUCGCUGCGACAAGAUCUUCCUGUCGCACAACCAGGGACUCUACCUGUACAAGGACACUCUCGCCGUGCUCUCAGUACAGCACCAGACCAUCCACAUAUUCCAGGUGUCGGCGAAAGGCUGCUUCAUCGACGUGAGAACGAUCGGUCGGUUUUGCUACGAGGACGACCCGCUCGUGUUGGCGGCAGCUUAUCCGCAGAUGCGCACCGGAUCCGGAUCGCGCAUCAACGCUUCGUCGUCGUCCCGCUCGUACAGGGAGGCGACGAUAAACUGCUUGAAGCACCGGCUGCUGGUGCACCUGUACCGGCGCUCGCAGGCGACGGGUGAACCGUCUGAGUUGCGGCGAUUCUUCCAGCACUUUGAUCAGUUUCGCAACCUGCGCAUGUGGAAGAUGCAGCUGCUUGAUGAGAGUCACCUGCUGAUCAAGUACGGCAGCGAGGACGUCGUGACGCUGCGCACGGCCGACCCGAACUCACAGCCGUCCUUCUUCGUCGUCUACAACAUGGCGACCACGCGCGUCGUAGGCGUCUACGAGAACACGUCCGAGCGUCUGCUCGAGCUGUUCGAGAACUUCAGCGACAUGUUCCGCAACGCGUCGCUGCACGCGGCCUUCUGCACGUCGUCGGCGUCGUCCAACAUCCACGCGCGCGUCAUACAGCAACGGUUCAAGCAGACGAUCAUCAAUGCGAAGUUUGGCGGGCAGACGGAGGCGAUACGGCGUCUGCUCGCUCAGCUUCCCAUCAGCUCACAGUCGUACAGCAGCAGCCCCUACCUCGACCUAUCACUGUUCAGCUACGACGACAAGUGGGUGUCGGUCAUGGAGCGACCCAAAGGCUGCGGCGAUCACCCGAUCAGGUUCUACGCGCGAGACUCGGGUCUGCUGAAGUUCAAGAUCCACGCGGGGGUGCUGGGCAGGAACGCACCCCCUACCGCACGCCGCCUCGUCGCUUUCACGUUCCAUCCGCACGACCCGUUUGCCAUCAGCGUGCAGCGCACAAACGCAGAGUACGUCGUCAACUUCCACAUCCGCCACUACCGCGUCGACUAGUGAUAUCAUCACUCCACGCGCACCACGAAUACUAGUGAUGUCAUCACUCCACGUGCAGUGUCCUCUAGUGACAUCGAUCAACAUGCACCGAGUCGACUAGUGACAUUAUUAAUUCACGUGCACCGCGUCGACUGGUGACCUCAUCGAUCCAUGUGCACUGUGUCAACUAGUGAUAUCAUCAAUCUAUGGGUGCUGCUCUGACUAGGACAUUGCUUGUAAUUUAACACUACUUGACAGACAUGCUCAUGUAUAUGGUACAAAUAUACAAAGAAUAUAUUUUGUUAAUGUUUUAAAUUUGUAAAUAAUUAUAUUUUGUCAGUUAUGCCAAGCUUUUUAAUAAAGCUGAUACCAUCCCAAGUG